CCAUCGUCUUCUUCCACCACUCUCUCUGUGAUAUUUACAGACACACACCUCUCUCCGCCGAUUAUAUAUGUCUUUUACCUUCACAAACCCUAACGGAUCCUUUUUCCCUUUUCUUUCUACUAUAUCUCUUCCCUCUCCUCGUGACUCUCCAUCCACUCCAAUUUCCCUCUUCCUCUCUCUCCACCAAUCAGAUUUCCUCUGCAAGUCCCUUGCUUUAUUGGGCUCUCUCUCUUCUCUCACAUCUAUUGGGCAUUGGGUUUUUCUGGGAUUCUGUCCGGUUUCCUUUUUUUAUUCCAAUCGAUUUCAAAGUUUGAUGCUUUUGCUUUCUCAGUUGGUGGGUUUAGAGAUGACGAAAUUCUGGAGUUUUCUCUGUUCCGGUGAAUCUGGGUUUGCUCUCUCAUGGAUGGAUUCUCUCUUGCUCCCUUUUGUAAGCUCUCAAGUUUUGGCCUUUUUCCGAAUUUAGUAGCGCAGAGGGAAAAAGUUUCAGCCUUUACUUUGUUUUUGAGUGCUAAGAGGGUUUAGGGUUUAUCAUUACUAAGAGAUAAACCAGUCGAUUUCUAUUCCCAAAUCCCAAAAAAUACAGCAAAAGGGGAAACUGCAAAAUUUCUUCACACUGUCUCUGUUACUGCGUUGCGUCAUCAACAGUACUGUUCGUACAUUUUCCUCUGAAUCCCAGAAUCCCGCGAUUUCCCCAGAAAAAUUAUGUUCUGUCACUCAAAUUCGAUCAUUUCCAUAAUUCCCCAGAUUUCCUCUGAAUUUUCCUCACAACACUUUGACUAGAGGAAUUAAAAAAUCCACUCAAUUUCACCAACCUCAGUUUUCCGGGAAAAUCCUUUCUGGGCCAAUAAACACCGACAAGCUGAUGUCGUCCUGUCUGAGCAGCGGCGGCAGCGGAAGAGCCGCCGCGUAUGGCUUCGACCUGGAGAUCGUGAAAUCUCCACCGUCGACGUUAACCGCCACCAGAGCACCGUCGCACAACACUCCGUCGCCGUGUUCGACUUUGUCGGAGUCGAAUUCGCCGCUCGCAAUCUCUACGCGAAAGGCUCGGACGCCGAGAAAACGUCCGAAUCAGACAUACAACGAGGCGGCUGCACUUCUGUCCACCGCCUACCCCAACAUCUUCUCCUCCAACCACUCGAACCCAUUGAAAUCUCCCUCGAAUUCGCACUUCUUCGGGAUUAAAUCUCCUCACAGUGACUUCGACGAAGCUUCUGAGUUGCUUUUGCAGUUUGAAUCAAUCGAGGAGCCCGAUUUUCUGUUCCAUCCGCCUCUCCAAGCGAAGACAGAUCCGUUCUUCGAGCAGAAGGAAGUGAAUUUCGUCGGGAAGGGAGCUGAAAUCGAUGAUUUGGAGGCGAAUCGGUUGGAGUUGUUCGACGAUUUCGAUGCGGAAUCGAUUCUGGACGAGGAAAUUGAAGAAGGAAUCGACAGUAUAAUGGGAAAUGUCGAAUCGAACGACGAGGGGAAUCACAGGGUCGGUGAUUCCAGGAUUCAGAAGAUCAAUCUCGGAGAGAAUUGCUACGGAAUCGGCCGGUUACGGCAAAUGAUGAUGAAUCCGUGGUACGGAAGCUCCAUGGGGUUCGGAUUCGCCGGGAAUUUCCAGUUAGGGUUCGGAUUGAGGAGCGCAAUCCGAGAUAACGACGACGCCAACUGGUGGAGAUUUCCCACCGUCGAUUUCGAUCAGAUCUCGCCGAGAAUCCGAACCACCGCAACCCCAACCGCUGCCACGGCUGCAGCCGCCGGUAACGCCGAAUCCGACAACAAUAAGAAGACGGUAACGGCGGCGGCGGCCGAGAAGAAGAAGAAAAAGAAGAAAGUAUCGCCGGCGGCGGAAUCGAAGAGCUGCGAAUCGAGCAAAGAGGAUGAGGAAUCGAGUCCAAAUCCGAAUCCGGAGGAGAGAUGGGGUCCGUUGUUGAAGCUCGACUACGACGGCAUCCUGGAAGCUUGGUCGGACAAGGGGUUGCCGUUCUCGGACGAGAUUCUGGGGCCGGACGCCGCCGGAGCCGAUGUCCAUGCGAGGGUGGCACAGAUAGAUUUGUUCGGAGAAGGGGGAGUGAGAGAAGCGAGUGUGAUGAGGUACAAAGAGAAACGAAGGACCCGUCUCUUCUCCAAGAAGAUCAGGUACCAAGUCCGAAAGCUCAACGCUGACCAACGCCCCCGCAUGAAGGGACGAUUCGUGAGAAGACCCAACUCCACCAGUCCAAGCGGGCAACGCUCGUAAAGAAUACAAGCCUGCAACGAAGUUUUUUUCUUUGUUUUUUUUUAGAAUCUUCUUGAUCUUGUUAGUGUGCAUCUUUUUUUGUUCGUAAGGGAUGAUGGAAGAGAUUAGUUGAGUGGAGAGCGAAUGACGAGAACAAAUGAAGGGGAAACAAACACAAACACACACAAAGCAGCAAUUUGUCUUCUCAUAUCAAACAGACAAUCUGUGUCCAAUCCAACGAGUUCUAUCUA